CUCGGACCAAGGUAGUUUCUAAAUGCAUAUCGAUUUCAAUCUUCCUCGGAAUCCCGAAUAAGUCGGAAGUGAAGAGCCGAGUUGGUCGAGUCUGUCUUCGACUUUGCGCUUGUAUCCAAACCUCGGCAAUUCGACCCCACUGUCGAUCUCCCGUAGCGCAUCUCCAAACCCAUCGAUAUACCUACAAAGCGAGGCCGAUGAAGACAUCCACCUAUAAUAAUGGACAUUGCUGCAAAGAUCAGCGAAUCCCGAGCAUCUCCUGAAACAUGAAAGCCAUACGCAUAGAUGAGUUUGUGAGGGACCUCGCAACAUUGAGCCCAAAAGAUGUUCCCUCUCCAAAACCCAAGGGUCCGCGUGACAUUGGAGUUCAAAUCACACAUGCAGCCUUGACACAUGUGGAUAUGUUAUAUGCGCAAGGUUUACAUCAGAACAAUGGUCGACAUGUGAAACCGCCAUUCAUAUUAGGAAACGAAUUUGCCGGGAUCGUAACAUCAGCACCGCCGUCAUCAAGUCUGAGACCAGGAACACGGGUUUUCGGCGCCACGCUUGGUUCCUUUGCAGAGCACAUCUAUGCCGACGAGAACGGCUUGCGGGAGGUCCCUAAGCAAUGGACCAACGCUGAGGCUUGCGCUGUAGGCGCCUCUGGAGCCAUUAGCUGGGGCAGUCUGGUGUCAGUAGCGAAUUUAAAGCGGGGUGAGACUGCGUUGAUUUUGGGGGCCUCUGGCGGGUUGGGGGUGAUGGCUGUGCAGAUUGCAAAGGCACUCGGGGCCAAGGUGAUUGCCGUUGUUGGCGACGAGGAAAAGGCGCGGAUGAUUAAGAGUACAGGAGCGGACGGCGUCGUCGACUAUCAUGAGAAGGAUUGGGAGAACAAGGUCAAGGCAAUGACUGAGGAUGGGCAGGGUGUUCAUGUGGUAUAUGAUGCGAUCGGAGCGGUCGAAAGUGGACUGAGGUGCUUGAGAUAUCGAGGAAGACUUGUGAUCGUUGGGUUCGCUGCCAGAGAAGGGAAAAUGGAAAAUAUACAGGCAAACCGGAUCCUUUUGAAGUCUGCCAUGGUGCAUGGAUAUAGGUUCGGCGAGGACGGCCGCCAGGAUCCAACCAGAACAGAGGAGGUCUGGAAUGGUUUUAUGGAUUUGGUGGUGAAAGAAAGUAUCAAACCAAUCAUCUAUAAGAAGAACUACGUCGGACUUGAGUCUGUAUCACAGGCAUUAAUUGACCUAGGAAAACACACUGUAUGGGGGAGGGCGAUUGUACGGAUCAAUGAGGAGGCAGAAAGGGAACUCAAGGCUCGAUUGUGAGUGUGUGUGAAGGACUUUGCACCUCAAACGAGAUGAAUGUGGAGCAAAUGUGAAUUCAAUUUGUCGUUGUAUCCUUGUUGCUGCCUAGGUGAAUACAAU